AUGGCUCGUCCACUGGCCUUUCAUGGAACUGUGUUCCACUGUCUUGAAAAUGCGCAAACAGAGGUUCUCCGGGAUUGUCUCUUGGUGGUAGCAGGAGAUGGCCGGAUUGCCCACAUUCGAGAUGGCGUUGCCCGCCAUGCUUUACAGGAUGCGCUGGAACAAGUCCAGCUCGAUGAGCCUCCCCGCCUCCGCAUCCUCUCCCGGUUCGAGUUUCUCAUUCCCGGAUUCAUUGACACUCACAACCACGCGUGUCAGUGGGCUCAAAGGGGCCUUGGAGGCGGCCUUCAUAUUCUCGAGUGGUUGGAACAAGUCACCUUUCCCAACGAGGCCGCUUUCCAGGACGUUGAGCACGCCCGCACGGUCUACACCGCGUGUGUUGACGGCUUCAUCCAGCAAGGAGUGACCAUGUGUUCGUAUUACGGAUCUCUCCACAGCGAAGCCACGAAGAUCUUGGCGGAUAUCUGUGUGGCGAAAGGUCAACGGGCGCUGAUUGGCAAGUGUAACAUGAAUCGCAAUGCGCCAGAGUACUACCGAGACGCCAGUGCCGCCGAGUCAUUACAAGCGACUAAGAGCGUGAUCGAGCAUGUUCGGGCGAUAGAUCCCACGGGGCACUUGAUCAAACCGAUCCUCACACCGCGAUUCGCGAUAUGCUGCGACGACGAACUGCUCGCUGGUCUCGGUGCCAUCGCCGAACAAAAUCCCGACUUGCCAAUCCAAACCCAUUUCAACGAGGCACGGCAAGAAAUUGACGCGACCCUCGGCCUUUUCCCCGGCUUUACGGACGAGGCAGACCUCUAUCGACAUUACGGUCUGCUCACGCCCCGGACUAUCCUUGCCCACUGCACGCUGAUGACUGACGAAGAGAUCGCGAAGCUACGCCAAGCAGGGAGCGGUGUCGCCCACUGUCCCAUCGCGAAUUCUACUGUUGGUGGUGGCUUCAUGGCUGCCCCUGUUAGCAAAUUUCUAGAGGCGGGCAUCAAGGUCGGACUGGGGACUGACAAUGGCGGGGGAUUCUCGUCCAGCAUUCUCGACGCAAUCCGGCAGGCCAUCAUCGUCUCCAACGCACGGCACUUGAUGACUGGCGAGCCGCCACUGUCCGUCUGGCAAUGCUUUUACCUCGCGACUUUGGGAGGAGCGAAGGUGUGCAGCCUGGACGAUACAAUUGGGAAUUUCCGUGUCGGCAAAGAUUUUGAUGGCCUUCUGAUCAAGACGCAAGUCCCUGGCGGUAUAAUGACAAUGGUUCAAGAGCGAGAUAGUCUCCAGACUAUGAUGGAAAAGUUCUUGAUAAGCGGCGAUGAUCGAAAUAUAGCCGAAGUAUACGUCAAAGGGCGCCGUCUCAAAGGGUAG